AUGAUCCUCCCUUUCGGUGUUGCCUUGCUUUCCCUCACUGCGGUCCGUGGCGCCUAUACUAACCGCAAGUUUUGGAGGACGACAAACGACUUUCUCGAGGCCUUCGACUUUGAUGACUCCCCUGACCCAUCUGGCGGCACCGUCCAGUACGUCAACCAACAGACGGCUGCCAACCUCGGCUUGUAUGGCGCUGGUCGCAACGGUGGCUUCCGAUUCGGCGCCGACUCGAGUCAGACGGGCACACGCAAGUCGGUACGCCUCCAGUCAAAGGGCACCUACGGCAACGGUAUCUACAUUUUCGACGUUUCUCAUGGCCCAUCGGGCUGCGGCACCUGGCCGGCGCUCUGGACCACGACGGCCGGCGGCAAUUGGCCCCACGGUGGCGAGAUCGACGUCAUGGAGCAAGUCAAUGGCGUUGGCCGCCCUGACUCCAGCACGUUGCACACCUCGCCUGGCUGCACGAUGCCGGAGGGUCGUUCUAUGACUGGCACCGCCACCCUCAAUGACUGCAAUGUCCUCAACGGCGCAAACGGCAACGCGGGCUGUGGUGUCAACUUGUUCAGCGACCCCAACUCAUUCGGCGAGCCGCUCAACAACAAUGGCGGAGGCACCUACGCUAUGCAGCGCGAGUCCGGCGGCAUCUACGUCUGGUUCUGGCAAGGCAACAGUGCACCCUUUGAUCCUCGCUCUCCCAACGCCCACAUCGAUCCAGCGUCGUGGGGUACGCCUCACGCCAGCUUCCCGUCUACCUCGUGCGAUGUCGGCCAGUACUUUGAUGCUCACUGGAUCACGAUGAACAUCGACUUCUGCGGAGGCUUCGUUGACGCCUUCUGGCAGCAGGACGGAUGCUCGAAGUAUGGAAGUUGCGUCGAUUACGUUGCCAACAAUCCCGGCGCCUUCAGGGAGGCGUACUUCGAUCUCAAUGCCGUUUCGUUCUGGUCGCAGUGA